UAUUUUUCGCCGACAUGGGUAUUUCCCUUCAGUACAAAAUAUCAGCUGAUCUGAAAUGGUAUAUAGCUGACGAGUGCUUGGAGAAAAACAGCGUUGUAAGAGAAAGUUUAGAAAAAGAUUUCGUUCGAGUAGCGGAUAAAAAUGUCUUAUGAGGCUUCAGUUAACACUGAAAAGAAAAGACUGUACGUAGGUAAUCUCUGCACCAACGUUACUGCGGAAGAUUUGAUUGAGCUUUUCGCCACUGAAGCUUCAACUGAUCUCAGAAGUAACUGUCACGUUGAGUUAGCAACAUGUAAAAAGACUGGAAAGUCGAAAAAUUUUGCGUUUGUUGAGAUACCAGAACAUCUUAGUGACUUAAUUGUUGGUUUUAACGGCAUGGAAGUUGGGGGGAAAAAUAUGGUGAUCGAGGAAGCUAAAAGUGCUUUAAAUGAAGAGAAAGACAUUGUUCGGGAUGUGCAAAUAAAGGGCGUCGUUAAAGGGAGAAGAAAUAAGUAUAGUCAAAAACAACACACCGCCAAAAACAAAUCUUGGUUGCCGACUCUGCCAGCUGAUCAGAUAUUCCAUCUUGUUGACUGCGGUGUUAACCUAACUAAUGUGAGAUUUAAAACUUCCCCAGAUUAUGUCAUUGCACGCGCCCUAGCUGCUGGUGUACAGAAGAUAAUAGUUACUGGAUUGAAACUAAACGGAUCUAAAUCAGCAGUUGUAAUGGCGAAGACAAGACCAAAUAUUUUAUACGCAGCAGUCGGUGUUCAUCCUCAUUUCGUCAAAGAUGACUGGACAGAUAACACUCUCAGUCAACUGGAAGAAUUGAUCAAGCUUCCGGAAGUUGUUGCUGUUGGUGAGGUCGGUCUAGACUUUUUCCGCGGCUAUUCACCAAGAAAUAUCCAAGAAACAGCUUUUAUUCUACAGGUGAAGUUGGCCGUGCGUUACCAAAAGCCUUUAUUGGUUGUAGAACGUGCUUCACAUACAGAAGUCAUGAAUGUCUUAAAAGAAAUUAAAUGUCUGCCUCCUGUGAUUGUUUUCUGCUUUACUGGAACACCGGAAGAGAUCAUAACCUACGUAGAUAAGGGGUUUUAUAUUGGUGUGACAGGAUACGUAUGCAAAGAAAAGCAUGGUAAAGCUCUACGUGAAGCAAUCAUGGAUGGCACUCUUCCCCUUGAUCGCAUUAUAGUUCAUAGCAACGCGCCUUACAUGACACCAAACUCUCCUCGUGAAGAGAUCGACGCCGUCAGCCAAAGUCUGUUGGAGCACUGCUACACUGAUAACGAACCUUGCACGUUGUCGAUUAUAAUCAAAUGCAUAGCCAAGUGUUUAUCUCUAAAGCCGCGGGAAGUUGCAGAUACGUGCACGGCAACUGCAAUAAAAGUGUUUCGAUUUCUCAAAUUUUGAAACCGUGGAAUACCUUUUUCAUAAGCUAUUAUACUUUUCUUCUUUAAGCAUUUUGAAUUCAUUAAGCAGGUGAUUUCUCUAACAAGUAACUUACAUGACCUUUCUUAACAUCUCCAUUUCAACUAUGGUUAACAACCCAAUAAGAUUUCGUUCUUUUAAAGUUUUAAAGUUAUCUAUUAAUAUUAUGAUCUCUUAAAUGAUAGGUGUAUUUCAGCUGUCUCUUUGUGUGCAAGAAAAAAGUCAUUUGGCGAAAACACGAAUUUCAAUACAGUCUACUCUCGAUAAGUGGAACCUCCACAGGACCGAAAAAAAUGGUUGUGAUUAUUGAAUGCUCCACUUAUCUAAAUUGCUCGAUAAGUGGAACCUCUAUGAAACCGAAAUAAUGUUCUACUUAUCGAACUUCUCUCUAAUCUAAAAUCUCAGGAAACCGAGGAUUUUACGAAUAAUUAAAAACAGGGGGAGGAACAAAAGAAAAUGCGUUAUAGAUAUUUAUGUUCCACAUGAUGAUUUUCUUAGCAAUGAAGUUAUGAAAAAUAAUCUUUUAUACUACAGUUGACUCUCCCUAUUUCAAAUUCCAAAGGAUAAAAUUUUUUGUUUCAAUUAUAGAGAGAUUCGAAUAAUAGAAAGUCUCUGUAAUUCGAAAUUGCAGCUUCAGAGAGUAAAAAUUCAAAUGACAGAGAGUAAUUACGUUACUUUCAAAAUCAAGAAAACACAAUUCGAGUUUCAUUCAAUCUUUAUUUUCAUAGUUUACACAAAAAAGAAACUGUAUUUGAAAAACUGCUGAAUAUUUGAUUGCUUUACAUUGGAGAGGCAAUCACGUUCGACAAUACGAGUUGCAUCACCAAGUGCUUUUCUCGGGACGACACCAAGAAUGGUGUAAUUUGAAUUUGUCAAAGCCUUGUUUACACUCUGACAUUCGAAUUAAGGAGAGAAUUGUGCUGAAGGGACUAAAAAACUGUUCCAAUUAUAGAAAGUUUCGAAUUGUAGAAAGUUUUCUAUAGGAGUUUUUUAAGAAAAAUUGACAGGGACUGAGCACUCGUUCGAAUUAUAGAAAUAUGUGACUUGUUUACUUUAUUAUUUAUACUUUACUAUAUUGUGAUUAAAGUGAUUCGAAGGUAGUAGAUGAUUUUUCCUUUGGGAAAGUUCCACUUAUAUGAAUAAAUAUUAUUCUAAUGGUUCCACUUAUCGAAGGUUCCACUUAUCGGAAUAAAAUAAGAGAGGUUUGUUAAUCAAAAUCCAAGGGACCGGGGAAAUUAGUUCCACUAAACGAAAGUCCCUCAUAUUUGGGGUUCCACUUAUCGAGAGUAGACUAUAAAUAACAGGCGAACCCGUGGGUUUAUGCACGGGGUAUCAGCUAGUCUAUUGUAAUAAUAGUAAAACUUUGUUUGUCCGUCUGUGACCGGGAACGUCGAUUAUACUAAAAGCGCCUAUAAAACAUUGCUUAAAAACUAUGUUUAGUAUUUUAUAUAAUUUAUAUACUAAUUACCUUUUUGAUUGGCUGGAAUUAAUCAUGUGAUAAAUAGAAAUAUUUUCGUAAGCUAAGAA